AUGCAGGUCCGUGGGCUCUUCCUCCUCCUGGUGCUGAUCCUCCUGGCUGCAGCCUCUGAGGCUGGUAAAAACAAGAAAGACAAGGUGAAGAAGAACGGCUCCGAGUGUGAGGAUUGGCGCUGGGGGCCUUGCACCCCAAACAGCAAAGACUGUGGUGUGGGCUACCGUGAGGGGACCUGCAAGGAGGAGACUAAGAGACUCAAGUGCAAGAUCCCCUGCAACUGGAAGAAGGAGUUUGGAGCUGACUGCAAGUACAAGUUUGAGAGCUGGGGCGGGUGCGAUGCUGCCACAGGUCUAAAGGCCCGUUCAGGCACCCUGAAGAAAGCCCUGUACAAUGCCGAGUGUCAGGAGACCAUUCAAGUGACCAAGCCCUGUUCUCCCAAGACCAAGUCAAAAUCCAAAGCCAGGAAAGGGAAGGGGAAGGACUAG